UCAUAUUCGCGCGACCACAGGGUCACUGUACGAAAGACUUUCAGCGUUAUAACUAAGGCUUUAACGCGUAUAAACAUGUCUACUGCUAUGAAUUUUGGUUCCAAGACUUUUAAGCCUCGACCUCCCGACAAAGGCUCGUUCCCUCUGGAUCAUUUUGGAGAGUGUAAAGCCUUCAAAGAAACGUUUAUGAAAUGUCUCCGAGACAACAGAUUCGACAACUCCAAGUGCCGACUACAGUCUAAAGACUAUCUGGAGUGCCGGAUGGACCAUCAGCUGAUGGCCAAGGAGCCUCUGGAGAAACUAGGAUUCAAGGACCUGUUGGAUCCUCCUCCCAGCCAGGCGGACAAAGACUCUAAACCCUGAUCUGCUACAACUCAGCUGCUGUUUCCAAAGUGCACACGUGGAGUUUGGUGUAAAUAAGCUGACAACAAAAGCAUAUAAAAGGAAAGACUGCCGUGAGUGCGGAGCUGAGAGGAGUCGCUGCAGAAACUCUGAGAAUGCAGCUCCUGCAGGAGGACGUUGUGGGUGGAUUUGUUGUCCUAGUUUGAGACUACAAACAAAUCUUGUACAUAAAAUGAAAUGUCUAAUAUAUAGAGAGAUGCUGUUUUGGCACAUCAAUAAAUGUUUUCUAUUUUAACUGUUGUGACGAAACGUUUCACACUA